AUCAACCACCGUUCCCUGGAAUCACAAUCAAACCAGACAUAUCCUUCUAGGGUUUCUUGUCGUCGUUCUCUCCCUCUCGAUCUCUGUUUCGUCGUCUAUUUCAUUAGGGUUUCUUCUCCCUUUCUUAUAUUUUGUUUCUGAAUCGGAUCAUCCGUUUGUCUUGGGGUUCCUUCUUGAUCAAUUCUCAGCUUUCUCUUUCUACUUUCUGCCCCGCCUCCCUUCUCUUGUUUAGGGUUUUUUUUUAUUUAUUUAUUUGCCCUCCAAAUUUUUUUUUUUUUCAUUAUCGUUAUUCGAUUUCUCUCUCAGAUCCCGCUCUUGUUAAUUUCAUUCUGCAAAUUGUUGAAAUCGCGAUGGAAAUGGAAUAUCUGACUGAGUUUCCUCACACCCACAUGGACAAGCGCCCUAGAAAGAGGCCAAGGUUAGCUUGGGACAUAGCUCAGGCUCCUCCAAAGGCUCAGAAUGGAAUGUAUUGUGGGCAUGGUGAUUUUCAUGAGAAUGGUGUGGUGGUGACGUCGCCGACGAAUCAUCAUACUUGUCUUCCUACCUCUUCUUCUACUAUUUAUGUCAAGGGAGUGUCUCGAAAUGGUUCUCCACCUUGGCGAGAGGAUGACAAAGAUGGACAUUACGUGUUUGCGCUAGGGGACAAUUUGACCUCUCGCUAUAAGAUUCACAGCAAAAUUGGUGAAGGCACGUUUGGGCAGGUCCUGGAAUGCUGGGACAGGGAAAGGAAAGAGAUGGUUGCCAUAAAAAUUGUUCGUGGGAUAAAGAAGUAUCGAGAGGCGGCAAUGAUUGAAAUUGAUGUGCUUCAACAACUUGCAAAACAUGAUAAGAGUGGAAGCCGUUGUGUGCAAAUACGGAACUGGUUUGACUAUCGUAACCAUAUUUGUAUUGUCUGUGAGAAGCUUGGACCAAGCUUAUACGAUUUUCUACGGAAAAACAAUUAUCGCUCAUUUCCCAUUGAUCUAGUUCGCGAGCUUGGCAGACAACUGUUGGAAUGUGUUGCAUUUAUGCACAAUUUGUGCCUUAUACACACCGACUUGAAGCCAGAAAACAUACUUCUUGUUUCUCCUGAGUAUGUAAGAGUUCCUGACUACAAGGUUCCAUCACGUUCUCCCAAGGAUGGAUCCUAUUUUAAGAGAUUACCAAAAUCAAGUUCAAUCAAGGUCAUUGAUUUUGGGAGUACGACUUAUGAGCAUCAGGAUCAUAGUUAUGUUGUAUCCACACGUCAUUAUCGCGCACCUGAGGUGAUUUUAGGCCUUGGAUGGAGUUAUCCCUGUGAUAUAUGGAGUGUGGGUUGCAUUUUGGUGGAGCUUUGCUCUGGUGAAGCACUCUUUCAAACCCAUGAAAAUCUAGAGCACCUAGCCAUGAUGGAAAAGGUGUUAGGCUCUCUGCCUCAGCACAUGUUGAAGAGAGCAGAUCGACAUGCUGAGAAGUAUCUAAGAAGAGGUGCAAAACUGGAUUGGCCUGAGGGUGCCACUUCAAGGGAAAGCAUCAGAGCUGUUUGGAAGCUUCCUCGUCUCCAGAACCUGGUCAUGCAACAUGUUGACCACUCAGCUGGGGACCUCAUUGACCUAUUACAGGGCCUCCUCAAGUAUGAUCCAGAAGAUCGGCUCACAGCUGCUGAAGCCCUAAGGCAUCCGUUCUUCUCUAGGGACCAUAGAAGAUAGUACAAUUUUUGUCACUGGCCUGACAGUUGUAUAAAUUAGUGUUUCAACAAUUAAUGUUCUCGCCCUUGUCCAAAAAAGAAAAACAAGCCUGUUGGGUGGUUCAAGAAUAUGGGUUCUCCCUUUCAGGAGAUAGCUAAACCACUCCUCCAUAUGGUUCACAGUUUCUCCAAACUAUGGGAUUGUAACUCGAUCAUAAAUUUGUGAAUUGUAAAAUGAAAUGGUUUUGGUGUCGAAAACUACAAUUUUUGGUGGCAACAAUGGAGUCUAUUAUCAUCUUUCAUCGUUC